AUGGCCUCCACCACCGCCGCCGCGCAGACGCAGCCAGGUGGCACGCCGCCGGCGCCCGCGGAGUACGACGAGGUGCUGGGGCGGCUCUCCUCGCUCAUCACGCAGAAGGUGCGCGCGCACAGCGGCAACCGCGGUAACCAGUGGGACCUCAUGGCGCACUACGUCAAGAUUCUGGAGCUGGAGGAGCCGAUCGCGCGGAUGAAAGUGAUUCACGUCGCGGGGACCAAGGGGAAGGGUUCCACAUGCACAUUCACCGAGUCAAUCCUGCGAUCAUGUGGAUUCCAUACUGGGCUGUUCACCUCACCACAUUUGAUGGAUAUUAGGGAGCGAUUUCGGCUGGAUGGGGUUAAUAUUUCUGAAGAAAAAUUUUUGAAGUACUUUUGGUGGUGCUGGAACAAGUUGAAGGAGAAGACUGAUGAUGAUAUUCCCAUGCCAGCCUAUUUCAGGUUCCUCGCAUUGCUCGCAUUCAAGAUAUUUUCUGCUGAGCAGGUAGACGUUGCUGUUCUCGAGGUUGGCCUAGGAGGGAAGUUUGACGCAACUAAUGUGGUUAAAGAACCUGUAGUUUGUGGAAUAUCUUCCCUUGGAUAUGAUCAUAUGGAAAUUCUUGGGAAUACGCUUGGAGAAAUCGCAGGGGAGAAGGCUGGGAUUUUCAAGAAAGGAGUUCCAGCCUAUACUGCUCCACAACCAGAAGAGGCAAUGACUGCUCUCAAACAAAGAGCUUCGGAGUUGGGUAUCUCUCUCCAAGUCGCUGAUCCUCUGGAGCCCCAUCACUUAAAAGAUCAACAUCUUGGACUCCAUGGCGAACAUCAAUAUAUAAAUGCUGGCCUUGCAGUUGCUUUGGCUAGUUCGUGGCUUGAGAAGCAGGGACAUAAGGACAGGAUACCACUCAACCGUACUGAUCCCUUGCCAGAUCAUUUUAUUAGAGGACUAUCAAGCACUUCUUUGCAAGGCCGAGCACAGAUUGUUCCAGAUUCACAAGUGAAUUCAGAAGAGAAGGACAAAGAUUGUUCGCUUGUUUUCUAUUUGGAUGGAGCGCACAGUCCUGAAAGUAUGGAAAUAUGUGCCAAGUGGUUUUCCCAUGCCACAAAGGAUGAUAGAAGGCUAACAUCUUCCGUGGAGCAGUCUCAGACAUCUAGGUCUCAAAAGAUCCUUCUGUUCAAUUGCAUGUCUGUGAGAGAUCCGAUGAGACUGCUUCCUCAUCUCCUGGAUGCAUCAACUCAAAAUGGAGUCCACUUUGAUCUAGCCCUAUUUGCGCCGAACCAAUCACAAUACAACAAGCUUGGUUCUAAUACUUCAGCACCUGCAGAGCCUGAGCAAAUCGAUUUAUCAUGGCAGUUGUCGCUCCAAACAGUGUGGGAGAAGUUACUUCAGGAAAAAGGUAUAAAUACUACAAAAUCUAGUGAUACUAGUCAAGUUUUUGAAUCGCUUCCACUCGCAAUCGAGUGGCUAAGGAGACAUGCCCGAGAAAACCAAUCUACUUCUUUCCAGGUGUUGGUUACUGGCUCCCUGCAUCUCAUUGGCGAUGUCUUGAGAAUAAUCAAGAAGUGA